AUGCGAGUUCGUGAGAGUCUUCCAACAAUCUGCGGAAAAGCACCCUCUGCCUACCCUACUGCCAAUUCCACACCAAAUCCUCUCGUUGUGACGCAGGCAGUUGAGAACUCCCCCACUCUCUGCAAGGUCUGCGUUAUUCCUAUACACCUCAAGACCUCCAUCUUGGGGCGGCAAUCCCGCCACGAUAUCCAAGCCCCUGGAGAUUCGGCUCAUCCUGGUCGAUUGAAACCUUGCCAAAUAUUACCGUUGACCAGGAUGAGCCCAUAUCGCCAAAGGAAUAGGACCUCCCGCGUUAGAUCGCGCUACGAAACAGCGACUCGUUCUUGA